UGUCUGCGUCAGCGCCAGUCCCACUGUGACCUAAGCCGCCUGCGGUAGCUGAAGGGGCGUUGCCGGGGGGACCCUAGAAGCUGGGAAAUGGACUCGGUGGCCUUUGAAGAUGUGGCUGUGAACUUCACCCAGGAGGAGUGGGCCUUACUGAAUCCUUCACAGAAAAAGCUCCACAGAGAUGUGAUGAGGGAAACCUUCAGGAACUUGGCCUUCUUAGGUAAAAAAUGGGAAGAUCAUGACAUUGAAGAAAACCAGGGAAGAAAACAAAAAAGUCUUACGUUAGAAAAACUCGGUGAAGGGGAAAAUGGUAGUCAAUGUGGAGAAAACUUCAGCCUUAGUCCAAACCUCAGUCUAAACAAGAAAACACUUUCUGGACUGAAACCAUGCAUAUACAAUGCAUGUGGGAAUGUCUUCAUGCAUCAUUCAUCCCGUAAUAGGCACAUCAGAUGUCAUGCUGGACACAAGCCCUCUGAGUAUCGGAAAAAUAAAGAGAAGCCAUAUAAAUGUAACAUAUGUGGGAAAGCCUUCAGUUAUCUUCAGUGUUUGGAAAAUCAUAAAGGAACUCACAAUGGAGAAAAAACCCAUGAAAGUAAGGAAUGUGGGAAAACCUUUAGUUCUUCAACUUCAUUUCAAAUUUGUGAGAGAAAGCACCCUGGAGAGAAGCCUUAUCAGUGUAGACUCAGUGGAAAAGCCCUCAGAAAUUAUCCAAGUUUUCAAAGCCAUAAAAGAAGUCAUCCUAAAGAAAAACCACAUGAAUGUAAAAUAUGUAGUAAAGCAUUCAAAUAUUUCAGUAAUCUUCAAAUACAUGAAAGAACGCACACUGCAGAAAAGCCCUAUGAAUGUAAGGAAUGUGGAAAGGCUUUCAGAUCUUGCAGUUCUUUACUGCCACACAAAUGGGCUCACACAGGAGAGAAACCCUAUGUAUGUAAGGAAUGUGGAAAAGCAUUCAGAUAUCCUAGGUCCUUGCAAACACAUGAAAGGUCUCACACUGGAGAGAAACCCUAUGAGUGUAAAAAAUGUAGUAAAGCAUUCAGCGAUAUCAGUUAUCUUCGAAAACAUGAAAAAACUCACAGUGCUGAGAAACCCUAUGAAUGUAAGAAUUGUGGAAAAGCCUUCAGAUCUCCCCGUUACUUAAAAUCACAUGAAAAGAUUCACACAGGAGAGGAACCUUAUGAAUGUAAGGAAUGUGGAAAAGUCUUCAAAUCUUUUAGUUAUUUACAAACACACCAAAUUUCUCACCCUGGAUGCAAACGCUAUGAAUGUAAGGAAUGUGGAAAAAUCUUCAACUAUUACAGUUCCUUACGAAUACAUGAAAUAUCUCACACUGGAGAGAAGCGCUAUGCAUGUACAAAAUGUGGUAAAGCACUCAAGUACCUGAGUAAUCUUCGAAUACAUGAAAGAAGUCACACUGCAGAGAAACACUAUGAAUGUAAAGAGUGUGGAAAGGUCUUCAAAUCUUACCGUUCUGUACAAACACAUGAAAGAACUCACACAGGAGAGAAACCUUAUGUGUGUAAACAUUGUGGUAAAGCCUACGUUUCUCUCAAAUCCCUUCAAAGACACAUGAAAAUACAUCCUUGCAAUAACACCUAUCAAUGUAAGGAAUGUGGGAAAGCAUUCACUCGCCUUAGUUUGUAUCAAAGAUACGAAAGAUUUCAAACUGGAGAGAAACCCUAUGAAUGUAAGCAAUGUGGUAAAACCUACACAGAACACAAUUUCUCUCCAGAUGGGAAUAAACUCAUACUAGACAAAAACCUAUGAAUGUAAAGAAUAUAGAAAAGCCUUUGUUUGUAACAUACCCCUUUGAAAAUCACAGAUUGUGAGUGCACAGUGGAGAGAAACCAUAUACAGUCAAACUUUGGUUCUCAAAUGUCUUCCAUCUUGAAUAAUUCAGUUCUCAACCAAGUUAUUCACAGAAAAAUGUAUUGCUUGUUGCCCUGGCCAGUGUGUCUAAGUGGUUAGAGCCAUUGGCCCACACACCAAAGGGUCGUGGGUUCCAUCCUGGCCCUGGUUAGGGCACAUGCACAGGGCAACCAGUCAACAUCU